CUUCAUUUUGAUCAUCCCCUUUUGCAUUAAUCACAUCUUUGAUCUCAAAUUCUCAAUCCCCAUGGCAAACCCACCUGAGAAAUUGGCCUCAAUUCACGAAGUUUCGACACCACCGGAAGAGAGUUAUGAUGACUUUGAUGAGGAAGAAAUAGCUCCAUAUUCUUCUUGUGGUUGUUUAUGGGGAUUUUACUUUAGAGCACUGCGUGGAAGAAGCAACAUUGGAACACAGAGAUAUCUACUGCAACAACAACAAGAAGGAGAUCAAGUAAAAGAAAUUUGGUUGGUGGAGAAUGCGAAGAAAAUACGAGAGUUUUCGGAGGUUUUGGCAGGACCAAAGUGGAAGAAUUUCAUCCGCUCCUUCAGUACAAUUUACAAGAAAAGAAGGGUGCAAUUUCAGUAUGAUCCGCAAAGCUAUGCGCUUAAUUUCGACGAUGGGGGGUUUGACAGGGAAGUAGAGGGUACUUCGUACCUUCAUUUUUUGAAUGCCGGAUUUGCAGCUUCUCCAGGGAUGAACAAUGCCAAGUUCUGAUUUGCUAACUCUCCCUGUCCUCAUGUUUGCUGUUGUUGCUCUUGCUCAGUUUUAUACGUGUUUCACAUAUAGAUGAAAAUGACCUACUUGUUUGUUUAUUAUUCAUUCUUUCAUUUGAUCUCUUUCUGACAAAUUUAUGAACAGCUAAAUUUUGCCAGUACUUGAUUGUUUUAUGUUACUUGUUGUGUAUAAUUCUCUGGGCAUAUUUUCUAAAGUUCUGUUUCUUUUAUGUUCUGUUAUCUAAUUUCUAUGGUAGUUGCCUCAGCUUCUCCAAACCAAUGCCAUCUAGAGAAACUGGUGCAUGGUUUUUGCAUAU